GAACGCGCUGUCAUCCGUUCAAUGUGUCUAUCUCUCUAUCCCUCUCUCUCUCUUUCUCUCUCUCUCCGCCCUUCAAAGCAGCAUCUCCGUGCGAGCCGCGGGUAUUAUUAGAGAGAAGGGGGGGCUGGAGAGGAGAACAGCGUUGUUAUCAUCGUCAGACACGGGGGCGGGCGAGCGAGGGGCCGUAUAGGAGAGAGAUUCUGUUAUAUCGUGCUAUUCCACUACAACCAUAAACACCGUCACGUCGUUAAAUUAAGCAUUGAUUAUUAAUUCGUUUUUAAGAAUGGAAGGCAUGGCGUAUGGAGCCGGUAAAGCGGGAGGCGCGUUUGACCCCCAGAUGUUCGUCCGACAGCCUCAUUCGGUCUUGAGGAUGGUGUCUUGGGUUUUCUCCAUCGUGAUCUUCGGCUCGAUUGCGAACGAAGGCUACGUGAAUCGCCCGGAUGAGGUGGAGGAGUAUUGCAUCUUCAACCGGAACCACAACGCCUGUAACUAUGGCGUUACCAUGGGGACGCUGGCCUUCCUGUGCUGCCUGGCCUUCCUCGCCCUCGACGUCUACUUCCCUCAGAUCAGCAGCGUCAAGGAUCGCAAGAAAGCUGUGCUGGCGGACGUGGGUGUGUCCGCGUUCUGGUCCUUCAUGUGGUUCGUGGGCUUCUGUCUCCUGACCAAUCAGUGGCAGGUGUCCAAGCCAGAGGACAACCCCCUGAAGGAGGGUGCAGACGCAGCGAGAGCCUCCAUCACCUUCUCCUUCUUCUCCAUCUUCACCUGGGCUGCCCAGUCCGUCCUGGCGUUCCAGAGGUACCGGAUAGGGGCCGACUCGGCUCUCUUCUCCCAGGACUACACGGAUCCCAGCCAGGACCCCUCGCUGCCCUACAGCUCUUACACUGGAGGAGACGACCUGGGCAGCCCCCCCACUGCCAUCCCCUACCAGCAGCCCUCCAACGAAGCCUUCGAAGGGACCCCCGGCUACCAGAGCCAGGACUACUGACCUCACUCAGGGGGAGGGGCCAGGGCUACUGACCUCACUCAGGGGGAGGGGCCAGGGCUACUGACCUCUCUCAAGGGGGAGGGGCCAGAGCUACUGACCUCACUCAAGGGGGAGGGGCCAGAACUACUGACCUCACUCAAGGGGAGGGGCCAGAACUACUGACCUCACUCAAGGGGAGGGGCAUGCAGGCAUCGUUUCCAUCAACCAUCUAGCAGGGCAGUCAUCCUGAAUGGACGGGGGUUACACCAGUCUCCUUUGACUGAGUUGUUAGACCUCACACUGACGUUAGGGAUACCCACAGGUUUAGUUGUUUAGACAAAGAGGCGUCUCCCUUAACUUUUAGUAAUGCUUUCUAUUACCCUAUGUGGUCCAGUGGUUAAAGAAAAGGGCUUGUAACCAGGAGGUCCCCGGUUCAAAUCCCAGCUCAGCCACUGACUCAUUGUGUGACCCUGAGCGAGUCACUUCACCUCCUUGUGCUCCGUCUUUCCGGUGAGACGUAGUUGUAAGUGACUCUGCAGCUGAUGCAUAGUUCACACACCCUAGUCUCUGUAAGUCGCAUGGAUAAAGGCCUGGGACCUCCUGGUUACAAGCCCUUUUCUUUAACCACUGGGACCACACAGCCCCCUUUUGUUUUGCGUAUCCCUCGUUGAAAGGGUUCUACUGCCCCCUGGAGGUGGUGAGAUGGAAACGAUGCACUAGAAUCAGUUCCAACCCGUAAGGACGCUGUCCUAUGCAGAACGCCCCAUGUGGUGUCUCUGAAUAGAGCAACGAACCUGACUGGGUUAAAGGGGUGGGGCUUGGUGUGGGCGGGGCUUGUGUGGGCG